UCCCGCUCUGAGCUUGAAACCGAGGAAGUGGUCACGCGCGAGGCCCCGGGAGUCGGUUCGUGGAAGGCGCUUGCAAGAGCCGUGGGUGGGAGCGGAGCGGUGGCGGCUUCUGGCUCCCGGGCCUCCUUCGUGCUGUUGGGCCCCUCCAGCGCCAGUCAAGCUGCCCUCUUGUGCCGCCGCCGCCUUGCAGAAGUCCGUUGCCUGGGCAUGUCCGGGCAUCGCUGAGUCGUGGGCUGGGCUUGGCGGCAGGACCCCCUAUAAUGGAGUGUCUUAUGUCUUCUAAAAGGACUGAGGAUGCCUCUUCUCAACACGAAGAAAGCAAAGAUGAUAUUGAGUUUGUUGGUGAAGGUGUAUUGAGACCUGUUGUGGACUGCGUUGACCUUCUUAGUAGUGAUGAGGAAGACUGUGUCAGCUCUUCUAAUAAAAAUGUAAAGAAGAAAGACUACUUUGAGUAUCAGAAGGAAAAGGUUGCUUCAACUCUAGAUCGCUUGGCACGUCAUGUUGAAGUGGAGAAACAGCUGAAAGAAGAGAAAAAUAAAGCAUUCAAGGAAAAACUGGAUUCUCAACAUGCUCAUGGACUGCAAGAGUUGGAAUUUAUCCAGGGACAUAGUGAUACAGAGGCAGCAAGACUGUGCGUGAACCAGUGGCUAAAAAUGCCAGGUCUCAAGCCGGGCACUGUGAACUCAGGAAGAAGAGCAUUACCUCAGAAAUCAGGCGAGAUGCCAUCUAACCGUAAAUCUAUUUUAUGUCCUAUAAUGCAUUGCAACAGAAAGUUUGACAACGGGCAUCUUCUCCUAGGGCACCUUAAACGGUUUGAUCAUUCUCCAUGUGAUCCAACAAUUACACUACAUGGACCUCCGGCCAAUGCCUUCGCCUGCAUAGUCUGUAGAAGAAGAUUUGCCACUUCUCAGCAAUACAGCGACCACCUUUCCUCUAAGGCUGGUGAAAAUGAUGGCCAUGAAAGAAAUUACCCUCCUCAGCAUAUUCAGUGCUUUGCAUGUCCAUGCUGCUUCCUCCUUUUCAGCAUAAGAGAUGAAUGUCUACAGCAUAUGUCUGAAAAGAAGCAUUUUUCUCAGGCUUUUAAACUGGAUGAUAAACCAGGCCACCCAGUUCCUUUGUCUUUCCCAACUUAUGCAAAGAAUCUUCUAAUCUCCCUGUGCAAGGAAGUUCCAUUCCAAGUGAAGUGCACGUCUUGCCACCUGGUCUUGCGUUCUCACGUAGAAUUAACUGCACACUUCAGAACUCGUUGUCGUAAUGCUGGCCCAGUGUCUGUAUCGAAGAAGAGCAUCUCUCAGGUUGCUGAAAUUUUCAAAGCCAAAGGUUUCUGUCAAAGCUGUGACACCCUGUUUCUCAAUGAUGACCAUAUCAGUAAGCACACUUGCAAAUCUCUACCUAAGGUUAAAAUUUUCACCACCAUGGAAGAAUCCAUCUUAACCAUCUGUCACAUUAAUGAAGGGAACAAAAGUGUCCCCCAUCUGCAGAAGCAUGUGAACCUUUUAAAGCCUUCUCCUCUGAAAAGACCUUUGGAUUUGAAUGUACUACUUGGUGAUCAGGGAGAAACCACUUCAAAACGCAAAAAGGAUUUCGAAGGCAGAAGCCAAGAGGUGAGCCGUACUUAUACUGUCAAAACCUGGGUAUGUCAGUGCCAUUUAGCAUUUCCUUCUGAAGAGCUGGUAGAAAAACAUAUUUUUUCGGAAAACCGAAUUUGCUACAGGUGUGGCGUGUGUGCCAAAUCUGCAGAAAAUGCAAGCAUAAUCCGUUUACACAUGAGCCGGUUCCAUGGAGGAGCACACUUAUCCAACUUCCACUUUUGGUGUCAGUCCUGCAGUGUUGUCCUUCAGAAAGAGGAGGAUGUUAUGGCCCAUGUGACAGAACUCCACGAAGGUCACACUUACUAUUGGGAGAAAGAUUUUUCUGGAGAUGAGCUUGCCUUGCCAUCUGAUGUACAAUGCAGCAGAUCCCUUGAACGAGAGGAAAACUCUCCAAGCCCCAUGGAACUGUCUCCACCUGCAAGUCCAGUGGACCUGACCGAGAGCACUUCUGGCCAGUGGCAGUGCCGCCUGUGUGAGGAGGUAUUUGACUCAGAAGACAGUGUGAAACAACACUGCAUGUCAUUAGAGAGCCAUCACUUUCACAGAUACAGCUGCGGCUUGUGCAAAUUGACAUUUCGGAAGACUGAAACCCUGCAUCGGCACUGUAAGGAUAGGCAUGAUAGUAUUGUUCAAAUUAAAUACUUCUGUGGACUGUGUGGUGACAUCUUUUUUGAUGUUGAGGAGGAGUUUUUAUGUCACUUCAGGAGUGUGCAUAGCAUAGAUUACCUGUGUGUGUCUGGAAGAGCGGGGGAAUCAAUUAAAAAUUUUGAAAUAGUAGAAGAAAGCAACCUUCUAAAUUGUGGCUGCAGGGAAAAAUAUAUCUGCAAAGAGAACAGGAAGGCAGACUACAAGAGAUGUCAGGCAGCGCUGUUGGAAAAAGGCAGUGUGUGGUUUCGUUGUACUUUGUGUUCUUCGACAGCGCAAAGCUACUCUGACAUGACAGCUCAUCUCAACAGCCACACAAACAAAAAAGAAGACCAACAGUUAUAUGUUGUGAGGUGUGGGUCGUGUAACAAAAGCUUCAGUGAUAUUGCAGUUGCCCAUCAGCACUUUCAUGCCGAACAUUGCUUCUUAAAACCCCAACUAGCCUUUGGGUCUCAGACAGAAAGUGACGUCUUCCAGUUCUCUGCCUGUGGAAGCACAGACAGCAAACCUGAUAAACUGAAGAUUUCUGUCGAUACAACUACGUCUGCUUCAGGAAAAAAGAUGAAACUAAGAGAUAUAAAAAAAGAACAAGAUGAUGGAGAUCUACCUGACCUUGAUUAUUUGUGCACUAUGACUCAUAUUAUAAUGAUGGAUUUAGAUAACUGGGGAAACCUUUUCCAUCAGUUGCCUGCGACCCUUAACCAAGGAACUUUUAUCUGGGGCUUCCAAGGUGGGCAUAAUAACUGGAAGCCACCUGUGAAUUGCAAGAUUUUUAAUUAUCUCAACAAGAUUGGGUGUUUCUUUCUCCAUCCACGUUGUGGCACAAGGAGAGAGGCAGCUGAUUUUGCAAUCUGUGUUCAUGUGGGCCGUCUGGAUGAACAUCUGCCAAAGCAUAUUCCCUUCACAAUUCUUUCCGGAGACAAAAGCUUUCUAGAGUUGGAAAGCCAGCUUAAGAUGACUCAAAGGGCAACCCGCAUUCUAGAUCCUCACAAGAUUGAUGCUGAUAUGAUGUGUGCCUUAUUAAACAGCAUUUCAGAUACAGCCAAAGAAAGUGAAACAGAUGAUACUCGAGCGGUAAUGCAGCAUUCCUUGCAAGAUGCAAAGGAAGAAAAAGAUGCAGAAUUUCAAGAGGCAAUCAGGCGAAGCCUUGAGGAAAUGUGAAGAUGUCUUAAGAUCAGUAUACUAAAACAUCCACUCUGUUUCCAAGUAACUGAAAUUUGUUCAUCAUUUUACAAAGAUUAAAAAAAUAUUGGUUAGAAUUUCAAGGUCUCAACAGAAAUUUAAAGAACUCUGUUAACAACCACAAUGUAGGGCACAUAAGUACAUGAAUGGCUGUGGAACCUACAUAUACCUCAUUGCUAGAACAGUAAGAGGUAUCUAGAUGUGUGGUAUGGUAGAGGAUAUUUUAAAAGCUUAAGAAUGUGGUGGUUACAGAAGGGCUGCCCUUUUUCUUUCUUUGCUACCUGGGCUGAAAGCCAGGAUUGCUUAAUAAUUUCUUCUGUUUUUCUUUUUUUUAACUUUUGUUUCUUUUUGGGGGUUUAUACUUCCUAGAAAACAUUGCUAACCUGUUGCAGAUGAAUUUCUAGGACCAGUAUUGUAGAUACAAACAUUAAAUCCUGAUUCUCUGGGACCAUGUUGUCUUUGUCAAUUAGUCCAUAAAGGGAAAGUUAGGUACUAAUCUACAAGUGUACAGACAAGCUUCUGAGGGGCUUUAUUUUGUGGACUAUAUUUCGAGACUGUAAAUCUGUUUUCUCUUAAUUAUAUUUUGAUUCUUAUGCACAGGUUUGUGCAUAAUUGAAUUUUGUUUUCAGAGAACAAAUUCAAUGACAAAAUGACUAGACUGUCUCUGUAUAUUUUGUUCCCAGUCUUAUAUUUCUCUUCCCUUUGAACUAUAUUGCUUUAGAAAGGCACGGGUCUUCUACGUUCCUAUAUGGUUAAUUUAUUGCUGUCAUUUCUCAGAUUUAAGCUUAAUUAAAAUAUCAACUGUU